CUGACGAGAGGGAGAGAGAGAGAGGCGAGGAAGGAGGGAGAGAGCACGGGGGAUUGAUCGAAGAUGGAUGCCGGAGCAAAGGUGGUGAAGAAGGCCGCGGCGGGGCGUCGCGGCGGGGGCGGCCCCAAGAAGAAGCCGGUCUCUCGCUCCGUGAAGGCCGGCCUCCAGUUCCCCGUAGGCCGUAUCGGCCGCUACCUCAAGCAGGGUCGCUACUCCCAGCGUGUCGGCACCGGCGCCCCCGUCUACCUCGCUGCCGUCCUCGAGUACCUCGCCGCCGAGCUCCUCGAGUUGGCGGGGAACGCAGCGCGGGACAACAAGAAGAACCGGAUCAUCCCGCGGCACGUACUGCUGGCGAUCCGCAACGACGAGGAGCUCGGGAAGCUACUGGCCGGCGUCACCAUCGCACACGGCGGGGUUCUGCCCAACAUCAACCCUGUGCUGCUCCCCAAGAAAACCGCUGUCGCUGCUGCCAAGGAAGGCAAAGAGAAGAAGUCACCCAAGAAGGCCGCCGCCGCCAAGUCGCCCAAAAAGGUGGCCGCCUCGUAGGUCCCUGGCAAUGCUGAUGCACUGUCUCUCUCUGUCCUCUCUGAACUGAAACGCUCCUAGCUGUCGUUGUCGGUCAUGGUCGUUGUUGUUUGAUGCGCUUUUAUUGUGGUUGUUCGUGUGUAAUUGCUUGCCUUUCACCCAUUUGGCAUGCACUGUGUAGGGUCACACUGGUCUAGGUUUUCAAUCUGGGAAACACCGGUUUAGAUUCAAGGAGCGUGAACUGUGAAGGCAGGUGAGAGGGUGGGAUCUGUGAAUCAUUAGGUGCUGUUUGUAAUAAGAUUGCAAAGAUGUGUAAAAUUUGUUUUGUGCUU